UUCCUGAAAAGACUGCCUCAUCGAAAGAACAAGAAACCCCGCUGCUUCCCAUAUUUGAGCAAACGAUAUACAAAAUGCGUCUCAUCAUUCGCGACGAUAAGGAUACUGCAUCUGCGUUCAUCGCAAACUACAUCAUUGAUCGCAUCAAGGCUUUUGGUCCGACCCCAAGCAAACCUUUUGUGCUUGGUCUUCCCACAGGCAGUUCGCCUGAGGGUGUGUACAAGAAUUUGGUUAGGCGUCACAAGAAUGGCGACAUUUCUUUCCGCGAUGUAGUAACCUUUAACAUGGACGAAUAUGUCGGCCUCCCUCGCGAGCACCCAGAGUCCUACCACAGCUUUAUGUACAGACACUUCUUCUCGCAUGUCGACAUCUUGCCAUCAAACAUCAACAUCCUGAACGGCAACGCACAUGAUCUCGAGGCUGAAUGUAUUGCCUAUGAGGAGAAGAUCAAGCGCGCAGGUGGCAUUGAGCUCUUCCUUGGCGGUAUUGGUCCCGAUGGUCACAUUGCCUUCAACGAACCCGGGUCAAGUCUUGCAUCUCGUACUAGGGUUAAGACGCUUGCCUAUGAUACUAUCGUGGCAAACUCGAGGUUCUUCGGCAACGACAUCGCCAAGGUACCUCGUAUGGCCUUGACUGUCGGUGUACAGACAGUCCUGGAUGCAAGAGAGGUCGUCAUCAUCAUCACUGGCUCACACAAGGCCCUGGCUCUCCAGAAGUGUAUUGAAGGAGGCGUCAACCACAUGUGGACUUUGUCGAGUCUACAGCUACAUCCUCACGCUAUGAUUGUCGCCGAUGAUGAUGCCACACUAGAGUUGCAAGUCAAGACGGUCAAGUACUUCAAGUCCAUUGAGCAAGUCGCAUCAACACAAGGCUUCACUCAGACCCUGCCGGACAUCAGCAUCACCACUUCGAAGCGUGACUCAAUCAUUGAGAAGCUUGACAGUCCUCGCUCUCCGAAAUCAUCUUCUCCUUUCGUGAUUACAUCAAGCUCCACACCUACAUCGCCCACAUCGUUCAACAACACGAGCAAGACUCUGUCAGUGCAAAAUACCAAAGCAGACACACAACGACCAGUAACACCUGAGCCUGUCUUGGAGAAAAUGUCAGACAGAUUACCUCCUUCGGCAUCUCCUGCAUUCGCAAAACUUUCUGUUAACACCCCUGUCCAACGACCAAUCACUCCCGAGCUCGUACCAGACCGCAUGUCGGACAGACUUCCUAGGACGCCAGAGAUGAGAGCCGUGACUCCCGAGCUUAUGCCCGAUCGUAUGGCAGAUAGACUUGUCAGGACACCGCAAGUUGCAGGUCAAGGUCUUAACGGAUUGGUGGUUGAUGAGCUGCCUCUGAGCAGUAUGGGACAAAGGAUCGCCGUCUGAUAGAUUCCGAGUCUAAUGUUCGAUUCGCUUAUGCUGUAUAUGUACAAUGUU